GCUGAAUCUGUUUUCAUAGUCACAGUCCAAAGAUCACCUACAAGAAGGGUUCACUCUUUAAAUGGACCUCUGUUUUCACGGUAUGGCUCAGGUAUCUGAUAGCAAUGGAUUUAACCAGCAGUCAUCACCUUCUUUGGGGAUCGCAAGGACAAAAGAUGUGGACAAAGAAGAGGCAUUACAAAUGGAAGCUGAGGCACUAGCUAAGAUGCAAAAGGAGAAAGGAACAAUUAGUAAUAAACUAACUCAUGGUUCCUUAAGCAGCACCAAAAAUAAAGCACACACUCAUAAUAAACAAGAUUAUGAUCUCAUGCUGUUCCCAGAGUCUGAUGCCGAAAGGGGGGAAGGCAAAUUAAGUUCCAUUGACAUAGAUAAACUUUCUCAUGCUGAACUAGAGAAACUGCUUCUGGAUGACAGUUUUGAAUCUAGUAAAGUACCUGCUUUACCAACAACUCCUGUUUUGAGCCCAUCAGUUUCUUCACAACUAUAUCUUAAGCCUACAGGUCAAAGGGGACAGUGGACACCUGGAAUACCUGGACCAGUGACUUGCACUUUACCUCUUAUUAACCCAGUGGCUUCUUACAAUAAACAAGCUGGUGUAUUUCAGAAUGGCUUCCAUCCAAGUAUGUCCACUUAUCAGUCGGCAGAACCUGUCUAUCUCCAUCCUCCAGGACGGUCCCAAUACAUUUCAUAUCCAUUAUCAGCUGCUGCACCUUUUCAUCCGCAGAGAAGUUUACCUUUGUAUUGUCCAGUGCUUACACCUGAAAUGGCAAAUUUGUUUGAUAAAAUUGCCAGAACCUCAGAAUUCUUGAAAAAUGGGAAGUUAAACACUGACUUAGCCAUGACUGGCAUUAAAUCUGCAGUUCCUAAUCUGUCAGAUGCAGAAAACUGUGGUGAUAUUAGUAAAUUUGAUUGGCUAGACUUGGAUCCUCUAAGUAAACCAAAAGUGGAUGGUGUGGAGACUUUGUAUAAAACAGAGGAUGAUGGAAAUGUGACCUCUGUUUCGGUUGUAGAAGAUCCCUGGGAUGCUGUACUACUAGAAGAAAAAUCACUAGUAACAUGUCAUCUUGAAAGAAAAGUUAAUGGGAAGCUUGCUUCUGGAGCAACUGUUACAAGGAGCCAGUCCUUAAACAUUCGAACAACUCAGCUUGCCAAGUUACAGGGCCAAACACCACAGUUGCAGAAAGACAAUGGGACCACUAGCUUGCCAACAGGAAAUGCAGUUCUCCAAGAAAUUGAAGGGCAGAACCAAGAAAUGGCAGCUUUUUAUCAAGCAGUUACAAAGUUGCGGACCAAGUUCCCCUAUACCAAUCAACACACAAAUCCAGGCUUUGUGUUGAGUCCUGUCAUGCUACAGAGAAAUAUAAGUGGAGAGUGUGCCAGCAUCAAGGUUUCAAUAGAAAUUGAAGGAUUCCAACAGCCAGUGACAUUUACCUGCGAUGUGAGUUCUCCUGUUGAGCUUAUAAUAAUGCAAGCACUUUGCUGGGUACAUGAUGACUUGAAUGAAGUGGAUAUUGGCAGCUAUAUCCUGAAAGUCUGUGGCCGAGAAGAAGUUUUGCAGAACAAACACUGUGUAGGGAGUCAUGAGUACAUUCAGAACUGUCGAAAAUGGGAUGCAGAGAUUAAACUGCAGCUCUUGAGCCAUACUGUAGUGUGCAGAGAUCUGGCACGAACAGAAGAAGAUGAUAGGACACCUACACACAUAACAAAAUACAUCUGUCAAUCAGAAAAGACUUUUAGAGAGAAUAUUGCAAGGCAUUCUGAUGAAGAGCUGAAGGAAUACCACAAUCAAAUUGACAUGUUUCUUAAAAACGAGAAACAAGUAGAUCAUGUAAUUAAGAGCGUCAGGAAGAUCUGUUGUACAUUGGAUGGUGUAGAAACUCCAGCAAUUACAGAAUCUGUAAAGAAGCUAAGGAGGGCUGUUAAUCUUCCAAGGAGUAAAAGUACUGAGGUAUCUUUAAAGUCUGGUGAUGAUGCUAACAAGAGUUCAGUUGGUUCAUUGCAGCCCGAAAACCCUGUACAGGUGGCUGUAGACCAGUUAACUAGAGCAGUUGAGGCUCUUCUUCAACUCCACUUGCAUUCAUGUAGCAGCAGUUCUGCAGCAAUCACUCCAAAGAAUAGUCGAAGCACAAAAGAAGCAUGUACUGCGACAGAGCAUCUCCAGUUCACGAUAUUUGCUGCUCACAGAAUUCUUCCUGCCUGGAUUUCUAAUUAUGAAAAAUACUACUUGGUUUGCUCUCUGACCCACAAUGGAAAAGAUUUAUUUAAGCCUGUGCAGUCCAAGAAAGUUGGCACAUACAAAAAUUUCUUCUAUUUGAUUAAAUGGGAUGAACUAAUAAUUUUUCCUAUCCAGAUUUCACAGUUGCCGUUGGAAUCUAUCUUAUGCCUUACCCUAUUUGGAAUAUUAAAUCAAAAUAGUGGAAGUUCUCCUGAUUCAAAUAAACAGAGAAAGGGCCCAGAGAUGUUGGGUCAGGUUUCUUUACCUCUCUUUGAUUUUAGGCGUGUAUUGACUUGUGGAACAAAGCUCUUGUACCUUUGGACUUCACACAAGAGUCCCACAGCAGGAAUGUCUCAUAAAAGAGGAAAUCUUAUGGAAAGAAUUGUAUUGCAGGUUGACUUUCCUUUCCUGGCUUUUGAUAUUGUAUAUAAAAUUCCCCAAGCUGCAAACAGUUCUGUACACCAUUCUAUAGAAACAUUGGAAAAACUUGUAAAGGAGCGACUUCUUACCAUUCUCUCAAAAGACAGCACCUUGGGCCUGUCAAAGGAAGAUAAAGAGUUUUUGUGGGAGAAACGACAUUAUUGCCAUGGAUGCACAAAAAGCUUACCAAAAAUACUAGCUAGCGCCCCGCACUGGGACUGUGCAAGCCUUCCUGAAAUAUACUCAUUGCUUCAGCAGUGGCCUCCAUUACCUCCUUUGACUGCACUGGAACUACUGAAUUCAGAGUUUGCAGAUCAGGAAGUACGAACUACGGCUGUUAAUUGGAUUGAGGCAAUAACUGAUGAUGAGUUAGCAGACUUCCUCCCACAGUUUGUACAGGCAUUGAAAUAUGAAACCUACUUGGACAGUGCUCUGGUCAGGUUCAUUUUAGCUCGGGCAUUGGGAAAUAUUCAAAUAGCACACUACUUGUAUUGGCUGCUGAAGGAUACCUUACAAGAUCCAAAGUUUGGGAUAAGGUACAAGAUUAUUCUUGGUGCCUUCCUCUCAAUAUGUGGGAAGGGGCUGAGGGAAGAGCUGGAGAAGCAGACCAAACUGGUGCAGCUUCUGGGAACAGCAGCAGAAAAAGUAAAGCAAGCCAGUGGAUCUGCUAGGCAGAAUGUCCUGCAAAGUGGCAUGGAACGUAUGCAGUCUUUCUUCCUAAGGAACAAAUGCCGUUUGCCUCUCAAUCCCAGCCUCGUGGCAAAAGAAUUAAAUGUUAAGGCAUGUUCCUUCUUCAGUUCUAAUGCUGUACCACUAAAAGUUGCAUUGGUGAAUGCAGAUCCACUGGGAGAAGAAAUUAAUGUAAUGUUUAAGGUUGGAGAAGACUUACGGCAAGAUAUGUUGGCUUUACAAAUGAUAAAGAUUAUGGAUAAGAUUUGGCUGCAGGAGGGGCUGGACCUGCGGAUGGUUAUCUUUAAGUGCCUCUCAACUGGAAAAGAUCGAGGUAUGGUGGAGCUUGUUCCUGCUUCAGAUACACUUAGGAAAAUUCAAGUGGAAUAUGGAGUAACAGGAUCUUUCAAAGACAAACCACUUGCAGAAUGGCUGCGAAAGUAUAAUCCUACAGAGGAAGAAUAUGAAAAGGCUUCUGAAAACUUCAUCUAUUCUUGUGCUGGAUGCUGUGUAGCCACAUAUGUAUUGGGUAUCUGUGACCGUCACAAUGACAACAUAAUGCUUCGAAGCACGGGGCAUAUGUUUCAUAUUGACUUUGGAAGGUUUUUGGGCCACGCACAGAUGUUCGGUAGCUUUAAAAGGGAUCGAGCUCCUUUUGUGCUAACAUCAGAUAUGGCCUAUGUCAUCAACGGUGGUGAAAAACCUACUAUUCGUUUCCAGUUGUUUGUGGAUCUGUGCUGCCAAGCAUACAAUUUAAUAAGGAAACGUGCAAACCUCUUUCUUAACUUGCUUUCAUUGAUGCUUUCUUCCGGGUUACCAGAGCUAACUGGAAUUCAGGAUUUAAAAUAUGUGCAGGAUGCUCUACAACCCCAAACUACGGAUGCAGAAGCUACAAUUUUCUUCACAAGGCUGAUUGAAUCCAGCUUGGGAAGCGUUGCCACAAAGUUCAACUUUUUCAUUCACAACUUGGCUCAACUGCGUUUCUCAGGCCUGCCUUCCAAUGAUGAGCCCAUCCUCUCAUUUUCUCCCAGAACGUACUCUCUCAAGCAAGAUGGCCGAAUUAAGGAAGUGUGUGUGUUCACAUACCAAAAGAGGUACAACCCAGAUAAACAUUAUAUCUAUGUUGUGAGAGUUUUGAGAGAAGGGCAAGCCGAGCCAGCAUUUGUCUUCCGGACAUUUGAUGAGUUCCAGGAAUUCCACAACAAACUUGGUAUUCUCUUUCCUCUUUGGAAGUUACCAGGCUUUCCUAACAAGAUGGUUCUGGGAAGAACUCAUAUAAAGGAAGUAGCAGCCAAAAGAAAAGUAGAGCUAAACAGUUAUAUACAAAGUUUGAUGAAUGGUUCAGCAGAGGUGGCCGAGUGUGAUCUUGUUUAUACUUUUUUCCACCCUUUACUUCGUGAUGAUAAAGCUGAAGGAAUAGACGGAAUAGCCAAGCAUGCAGAUGAAUGUCCAUCAAGUCCUACCUCAGGCAGAGUGGGAGGAGAAGUAAAGUUGUCCAUCUCGUAUAGAAACGGCACUCUGUUUAUCAUGGUGAUGCACAUUAAAGACCUGGUCACAGAAGAUGGUGCAGAUCCGAAUCCCUAUGUUAAAACGUACUUGCUUCCAGAUGCACACAAAACAUCUAAACGCAAAACCAAAAUCUCACGGAAAACAAGGAACCCAACGUUCAAUGAAAUGCUCGUGUACAAUGGAUACAGCAUAGAGACACUAAGGCAGAGGGUGCUUCAGCUAAGUGUGCUUAGCGCAGAAUCGCUGCGUGAGAAUUUCUUUCUGGGCGGAAUUACUCUGUCCUUGAAGGAUUUCAACUUGAGCAAGGAGACUGUUAAAUGGUAUCGACUGACUGCCGUGCCGUAUCUGUGAACUCAAAUUUCUGCACCUGCAUAAGAACAGAAUUGAAACAAUUGUACUCAUCUGUAUUUUGUGCAUUUUUCCUACUUGAAAAUAACUUGCACAUUUUAAAUAAGAGACUACAUUUCAACAAGUAUGUUGGACCAACCUUCACAAAGCUUCAGUUACAGGAUUUCUAGAUUGCAUUGCUGUUUUCUGGUUAAGUGACAAUAUCAGCAUUAAUGUAAAAUGAAUUUCUUAAUAUUUGCGGGUAAACAAAGGUUUUAAACCAUUCACAGAAUAGUCAGAUUAAUACCUUGACUUUGCUGUAUCAAUUCAACCACAUUUAAUCACUUGACCUGUGGAUAUAGUAGGGUUUUUCUUUUCACUUAUUUUUGUUACCUGUAUUGCUUCAUACCUGAGAUGAUGCCAUGGAACACUGAAGAAGGAUGGGUUGUUUUAGGACCACAUGCCCACUAUUCAGCAGUCAUUGCAGCAGCAGAAACCAGUACAAUGUCAGAGGUUGCACAGACGGUCAGAAAUGAAGCUUGGAUGGAAUAGCUGGAACUAUUCUUCAGCCUUGCAUUUAAUCCCAAGAGUCAUGCUUUUCUAAGAGGACAUCAGCAUGAGUGCCAAUAACGGAAGUUGUAAAUAAUGGUGCCUUAUCUUAUCAUUCAAAUCCUUCUUUUGUACCUCAUUUCUGAUAUUUAAAAACUUAUGCCUAUUAACUAAGAGUAAUUAACUCUUCCCAGUGAAAAGGGCAAAUAGUCUCAUAUGAUAAAUUGCAGCUCCUACUGAAUUUUUCCUUCAGAAAAUUCAGUCUCCAGAUAUUUUUAAGUUACGCCAACCAUAAUUAAGAUGGCCCAUCUAUAUAAGUGAAAUCUUUGUGUCCUAAUGGUUAAUGAUUUGUGAACACUAGAUAAAGACUUUGAAUGCAGUGCAAUGUCAAAUAAGCAUGAGGCUUUCCAACAUUUUAAAACAAGUUUUAAAUUCCCAGGAUCUAGGUAGUGCAAUAAGUGAGUGCCAGACCUGGGUUUCAGAUUCUGGGUCCAAAAUGAGAGUUGUGCACAUCUUGUUUAUUGCCCUGCAACUCCAUAUAAUUGAUAGUCUCUCCUUGAGAGACAUGGCUGAAAUAGCAGAUAAGUUUCAAAUCAAGAAUGCGUUACAUUAGCAGAGUGUUAUGGAGGAGCUUGUGGUAAAUGUGAUUCUUACUAUUAUUGUUUUGUUCCUUACUUUCCAAAGAGCAUGAUAAAUGUUAUUUCUCUACAUGAUUAUAACAACAUUUCAGGGUGAGAAUUGAAUACAAAUGCCCAUUUGCUGUCUGCCAUAAAAAUAAUUGGUCACUUGGGUGUGAUUUGUACUGCACAUACGUAUGUUUCUUAUUAAACUCUCACUUUUUUUAGGGUGACCAUAAUCCUGUCUCUUGACAGAGUUGUAUGAAAAGAGUUUAAAUGGCACGCUACGUUUUUAGCACUAAAGCAGAAACACUUUCUUAAGAAGUGACAAUAAUAGACUAUCAGCACUGAGUGUCACUAGCGAAGAUCAUUAAAGUUUGUAAUGGUGACAGAGUGCAGAAACGGACAAUCUUUUAGUUCCCAAGUAUUAAAAUGCUCAUUAGUAAUGCCCCCCCAAUCCAGAGUGACUGAUUUUUCCCUCUGCCCCACCAAAGAAAAAGAACAGAUGAAAAAUAUACUUCAAUCUCUUGGUGUCUAAAAUAUUCACAGUCCAGUUUCAUAAAAAUGAUUUACA